UCUCUCUCUCUCUUCUCACGGAACACAAAAGGUCUAGUUAUUUCUAUAUAAAGGUUACUUAUCCAUUGUGUUUACGCAGUUCUUCUGUGGGAUAAAACCAGAAGAAGAUGUGUCUGAGACCUUCAGGAUCAUUCCCAGACACACGCACACCCACGAUGAGAUCAGCUUCGUGCCACAACAAACGUAAAUCUAAGAAACAAACGCAUAUUCGUGUCCUUAGUCUCACCAGGAGAAGAAGAUUACUGAGACAAGAGAAGGAGAUGGAGAUGAGAAACUUGGAGCUUUUCAUAGAGAAUCAAAGCAUCAUACGAGAGAAUGAGGCUUUAAAGAAGAAAGCUUUUCUUCUUCACCAAGAAAACAAUGCUCUCUUCUCUCUUCUUCAUACAAAACUCUCCCCUGUUUCCACCUCCUCCUUCCUUUAGUGAUCUUCAUGAAUCGUCUCUUAAUUAUGUUCCUUCUCGUCUUCUACUGAAAUAAAAACAACGGCUCUGAACCUUUGUUGGGAGACCUAAUGUACCAAGUAGUAAUUUGUGGGGUAAAAAAAAACUCGGUUAAAAUCGAUGAACCAGAAGUUAAACCAGUAUUGGAUCAGUGCUAGUUUACAAAACUUAAGUUAAAUUAAGAUUGGGCCUGGUUCUCAAACUAUUCCAAUUUGUAUUUAA